AUGUACCCAGAAUAUUGUGUUGCUCAGAGACAAUAGCCCUACCCUUUACACAAAAUUACACAAUCAUAUAACCCAGUCGUGCAGAAUGAACCUAGACCCCGGUAACCCAAUGAAAAUCCAAAGGAUUAUAUGAUCACAGCAUACACUUCCAUUAAUCAUGUUAUUGAUAUCUCUCCCACAUCCUCCAUCUAUAGACUGGAUCCUUUUGCCAAGUAUUUGUGUUGUUGGACCAAUACUGUGGGAUCCGAAGAAGUAAGUGCUAUACAAGAAAGAACCAAAUGGAAACACCCAAAUCUGGUCUCUUUCCUCUUCUUUGAAGAAUAAAGCGACAAAUUUAGCCAAAGCAAGCAACUCAAAAUCUUCUAUGAGUACCUCCCUUUGGACAUUAAAUAGUUGAUUGAGAAAAGAUCGAAAACACAAGAAUAUGUCCCUGAGGAAGAAAUAUGGAAGAUGAUUUCAGGAUUAUGUGAGGCCUUUAUAUUUCUCCAAAAAAGAGGAAUCACCCACUCUGCCUUGACACUAGAAUCAGUCUACUUCGAUGAAGAAUAUUUGCUCUACCGAAUUCAAGAUGUCAGUCCUUUCAGAGCCAGAGCACCUCAUCUAUUUGAAAACUAAUACAAAUCCCCAGAAUCAGGAGGCAAUCUUCGAGUCAAUAGAUUUAAGUAGGACGUAUUUGGAUUAGGUAUGAUCAUUUUGUCUCUAUGUCUUCUCAAAAACUGUGAUUAUCUCUUUGAAACAGGAAGUAUCAGUGUCAUUCAACUGAAUGAUUGUUUGGAUUAAUUGAGAUCGCUUUAUCCCGGGAGAGUUGACUAGACACUCAAAAAGAUGCUCCUUAUUGAUUUUAAUUAAAGACCAGAUUGGUUAGAGAUGUAGUAGUUAUUAGGCAAUUUGAAGGAUAUGCAAUUUACUAAUUUGGAUCUUGGCUUGAGUAAUAAAUCAUCGAUUUUAAAUUCCUCUUUUUAGUUACAAUAACAAUAAUAAUAACAAUAACAAGUAUAUAAGGCCUAUGACUAAUUAACAUUAAGUUAAGAGAAUAGAGAGAUCAGUAACAAUAAUAAUAAAUUUACCAGUUCUAUCAAUAAUAAUACUACAAUUAAAACUACGAGUACAGAUUCUGUAGACUAAAAACUUAUUAAUUUAAAUAAAAGAAUUCAAGAAACUCUAUCAAAAAGCCUAAAUAAAAAUAUUAGAUGA